AGUAUUUGAUAGGGUUUAAACUUAACCCCUUGUAAUCCAAACCAUAAAUUUAGAAGUAUAUGGGGUGUUUAGGUUAACAUUUAGGGGCCUCUUGUCAAUUAGUAUCAGUGAGUUUUGGAUUUUUCAAUCAGAAAAUGUUUGUUAAAAAAGUGUCAACGAUGGGUUUGAGUCUCGGUUAAGGCAAACCCUUGUGUCUGGUUGUGGGCAUGAAGACAAGGGUUGGGCAGGUAUAAAUGGAGAUGGGCUUGGUGUCCUAUGUCCCAUAAGCAGGGACCAGGGGUGUGUGGGUUCUCUGGUUCUAAAGUUGGAACUGUUUCCAUAAUGAUAACUGCCCAUUUCUAGGCUCCUCCUCUCUCUCUCUCUCUCUCUCUCUCUCUCUAACAACCCAUCUAUGAGAAGAGCUCUCGAAAGCACCAUCCACCUGUGUCCCUUUAUUAAGGGCCCCCCUGCAACUCUCUCCCUUCCUCUCUCUCUGAACAUUUCUUGGAGCUUUCUAAGUCCCCCUCUAGGCCCAUUCCUUCAGGGCUUCUGAUACUCUUCUUCAUCCAUCUUUCCCUCUCUCUAACCACCCAAUCCUACUACAGCUUCCUAUCCCUCUGCCCCUUACUUCAGGGCUCUCUCUCUCUCGAGCAUGGAGAAGGAGAGAAGUUUCAAGGAGGCAAUGGUUAAACUACCCCCAGGAUUCAGGUUUCACCCCACUGACGAAGAGCUCGUAAUCCAGUACCUGAAACGCAAGGUCUUCUCAUGUCCCUUGCCCUCCUCCAUCAUUGCGGACAUAGACAUCUACAAGCAUGAUCCUUGGGAAUUACCAGGGGAAGAAGGGCAAGAGAAGUACUUCUUCAACAUCAAAGAAGCAAAAUACCCAAAUGGGAACCGGCCCAACAGGGCAGCUGCUACUGGUUAUUGGAAAGCAACUGGAAUAGACAAGCCUGUAUUGUCAAGCAGGAGCAACCAAGUUGUGGGUAUGAAGAAAUCUCUCGUUUUUUACAGAGGGAAGGCCCCCAAGGGUGUUAAGACUGAUUGGAUCAUGCACGAGUAUCGUUUAGCUGAGGCAGGGGCAAAGCCCUGCAAUAUUUCAGCAAGGAAAAGCUCAAUACAAAAUUAUAUGGCUCCGGUGGAAGAUUGGGUGGUAUGUCGGAUAUUCUUGAAGAAGAGAGGGCCUAAGAGGGAAGCAAGAGUAGAGCAUGGCAUCCACCUCUCCAGCAAUUACAGAACUGGCUUCAUUGAUUUCAUGCUUCAACAACAGAAUUCCAGAAAUGCCAGGGAAGACAUAAACAAUGAAGAGAGCAGCAGUUGCAGUAGUACCCUAACUUCAUCUAGUUCAAAAAGUGCAUGAGCCCAUGCAAAUUAGUGAAUGAGCGCUUGGGUUUUUUAGCCAAGUAAAAAAAACCAUGGAAUAAUUAACAGUUGGGAGUAUGUUAACCAACUUGAUGUCUCUUUCACUCUUUGUUAAUGGUUAUGAAAGAAACCAAAAGAGAAUAGCAGGAAGUUGGCUUUUGGCAAUGUGGAUCGUAGAAAUCUGCCAAUAUGAAGCUUCCUCAUGUAAAAGUAUUUUGUAACAUCAAAGAAGAAGCCGGCUCUUUUUCUGUUUUUUGGAUCAAUAAGGGGAAACAGGUUUGAGAGACCGAA